GCCGCCGCGCGCCGGGAAGAUGGCCGAGAACUUGCUGGACGGGCCGCCCAACCCCAAGCGGGCCAAGCUCGGCUCGCCCGGCUUCGCGGCGGCUGACAGCGCAGAUUUUGGAUCAUUGUUUGACUUGGAAAAUGAUCUUCCCGAUGAGCUGAUUCCCAACGGAGGAGAGUUAGGCAUUUUAAACAGCGGGAACCUUGUUCAAGACGCUGCCUCCAAACAUAAACAACUGUCGGAGCUUCUGCGAGGCGGCAGCGGCUCGAGCAUCAACCCGGGACUCGGGAAUGUGAGCGCCAGCAGCCCUGUGCAGCCGGGCUUGGGGGGCCAGGCCCCAGGGCCGCCGAACAGUGCGAACCUGGCCAGCUUGGGUGCCAUGGGCAAGAGCCCUCUGAGCCAGGGAGAUUCUUCAGCACCCAGCCUACCCAAACAGGCGGCCGGCACCUCGGGGCCCACUCCGCCUGCUUCCCAAGCACUGAAUCCGCAAGCACAAAAGCAGGUGGGGCUGGUGACCAGCAGUCCCGCCACGUCGCAGACGGGCCCCGGCAUCUGCAUGAACGCCAGCUUUAGCCAGACCCACCCCGGCCUCCUCAAUAGUAACUCUGGCCACAGUUUGAUGAACCAGGCCCAGCCAGGACAGGCGCAAGUCAUGAACGGAUCUCUUGGCGCUGCCGGCAGAGGAAGGGGAACUGGAAUGCCAUACCCCGCCCCCGCCAUGCAAGGCGCCGCGAGCAGCGUGCUGGCCGAGACGUUGACACAGGUGUCCCCGCAAAUUGCCGGUCACGGGGGACUGAACACGGCACAGGCAGGAGGCAUGACCAAGAUGGGAAUGGCUGGCAACACCAGUCCAUUUGGACAACCCUUUAGUCAAACUGGAGGGCAGCAAAUGGGGGCCCCUGGUGUGAACACCCAGUUGUCCAGCAAACAGAACCUGGUCAACAGUUUGCCUCCCUUCCCUGCAGACAUCAAGAAUGCUUCAGUCACCAACGUGCCAAACAUGUCUCAGAUGCAAACACCGGUGGGAAUUGUACCCACACAAGCAAUUGCAACGGGCCCCACUGCAGAUCCUGAGAAACGCAAACUGAUACAGCAGCAGCUGGUCCUACUGCUUCACGCCCAUAAGUGUCAGCGCCGAGAGCAAGCCAAUGGAGAGGUCCGGGCCUGCUCGCUCCCGCACUGUCGAACCAUGAAGAAUGUUUUGAAUCACAUGACACACUGUCAGGCGGGGAAAGCCUGUCAAGUUGCCCAUUGUGCAUCUUCACGACAAAUCAUCUCUCAUUGGAAGAACUGCACACGACAUGACUGUCCUGUUUGCCUCCCUUUGAAAAAUGCCAGUGACAAGCGAAACCAACAAACUAUCCUGGGGUCUCCUGCUAGUGGAAUUCAGAACACAAUUGGUUCUGUAGGCACAGGCCAACAGAACGCCACUUCUUUAAGUAACCCAAACCCCAUAGACCCCAGCUCCAUGCAGCGGGCCUACGCUGCCCUCGGACUCCCCUACCUGAACCAGCCCCAGACGCAGCUGCAGCCUCAGGUUCCCGGCCAGCAACCAGCACAGCCUCAAACUCACCAGCAGAUGAGGACUCUCAACCCCUUGGGAAAUAACCCAAUGAACAUUCCAGCAGGAGGAAUAACAACCGAUCAGCAGCCACCAAACUUGAUUUCAGAAUCAGCUCUUCCAACUUCCCUCGGGGCUACAAACCCACUGAUGAGCGAUGGCUCCAGCUCCGGAAACAUCGGCGCCCUCAGCACUAUACCCACAGCGGCACCUCCUUCCAGCACUGGCGUCCGCAAGGGCUGGCACGAACACGUCACUCAGGACCUGCGGAGCCACCUCGUGCACAAACUCGUGCAAGCCAUCUUCCCCACGCCUGACCCCGCAGCCCUGAAGGAUCGCCGCAUGGAGAACCUGGUAGCCUACGCCAAGAAGGUGGAGGGGGACAUGUACGAGUCUGCCAACAGCAGGGAUGAGUACUAUCACUUACUCGCAGAGAAAAUCUACAAGAUACAAAAAGAACUAGAAGAAAAGCGGAGGUCGCGUCUACACAAGCAGGGCAUCUUGGGCAGCCAGCCGGCCCUACCAGCGCCUGGUGCCCAGCCCCCUGGGGUGCCACAGCCACAGCCCGUGAGACCUCCAAAUGGACCCAUGCCCCUGCCGGUGAACCGCAUGCAGGUGUCUCAAGGGAUGAAUUCAUUUAACCCGAUGUCCUUGGGGAGCGUGCAGCUGCCACAGGCUCCUAUGGGACCGCGCGCGGCGUCCCCCAUGAACCACUCUGUCCAGAUGAACAGCAUGGGCUCCGUUCCAGGGAUGGCCAUCUCUCCGCCCCGCAUGCCCCAGCCUCCCAACAUGAUGGGCGCGCACACGGGCAGCAUGCUGGCCCCGGCACCCGCGCAGAGCCAGUUCCUGCCGCAGGGCCAGUUCCCCUCCCCCGGCGGGGCCAUGAGCGUGAACAGCGUGGGCCUGGGGCAGCCGACGACCCAGACCAGCGUGGCGCAGGGGCAGGUGCCUGGUGCUGCUCUUCCCAACCCUCUGAACAUGCUGGGGCCCCCGGCCAGCCAGCUGCCUUGCCCUCCCGUGACACAGUCGCCGCUGCACCCGACGCCGCCUCCUGCCUCCACGGCCGCCGGCAUGCCGUCUCUGCAGCACCCCGCCGCGCCGGGGAUGACGCCCCCCCAGCCCGCCGCUCCCACCCAGCCGUCGACUCCCGUGUCGUCUUCCGGGCAGACUCCCACCCCGACUCCCGGCUCAGUGCCCAGUGCCAGCCAAACCCAGAGCACCCCGACAGUCCAGGCAGCAGCUCAGGCCCAGGUGACCCCGCAGCCUCAGACCCCAGUGCCGCCCCCCUCCGUCGCCACCCCUCAGUCAUCCCAGCAGCAGCCGACGCCUGUGCACGCCCAGCCUCCUGGCACGCCGCUUUCCCAGGCAGCAGCCAGCAUUGAUAACAGGGUCCCCACACCAUCUUCCGUGGCCAGCGCCGAAACCAACUCCCAGCAGCCGGGACCCGACGCGCCAAUGCCGGAGAUGAAGGCCGAGGUCAAGACCGAGGAUGCCGAACCCGACGCCAGCGAGCCCAAGGGGGAGCCCGGGUCCACGAUGAUGGAAGAGGACUUGCAAGGAUCUGCUCCAGCCAAAGAAGAAACGGACCCCGCAGAGCCGAAGCCAGAAGCGAUGCAGGUGGACGAGAAGAAGCCGGAGGUCAAGGCGGAAGCCAAGGAGGAGGAGGAGAGCAGCUCCGGCGGCGCGGCCUCCCAGUCCACGUCUCCCUCCCAGCCCCGGAAGAAAAUCUUCAAGCCGGAGGAGCUGCGCCAGGCGCUCAUGCCGACCCUGGAAGCCCUGUACCGGCAGGACCCUGAGUCCUUGCCUUUCCGGCAGCCUGUGGACCCCCAGCUCCUGGGAAUCCCUGAUUACUUUGACAUUGUGAAGAAUCCCAUGGACCUUUCCACCAUCAAGCGGAAACUGGACACAGGGCAGUACCAAGAGCCCUGGCAGUACGUGGACGACGUCUGGCUGAUGUUCAACAACGCCUGGCUCUACAACCGGAAGACAUCCCGCGUCUAUAAGUUCUGCAGCAAGCUCGCCGAGGUCUUUGAGCAGGAAAUCGAUCCUGUUAUGCAGUCCCUUGGGUACUGCUGUGGGCGAAAGUAUGAGUUCUCCCCCCAGACCUUGUGCUGCUACGGGAAGCAGCUGUGCACGAUCCCUCGCGACGCAGCCUAUUACAGCUACCAGAACAGGUAUCAUUUCUGUGAGAAGUGUUUCACAGAGAUCCAGGGGGAGAAUGUUACCCUGGGUGACGACCCUUCACAGCCCCAGACGACAAUUUCAAAGGAUCAGUUUGAAAAGAAGAAAAAUGAUACCUUAGAUCCUGAGCCUUUCGUGGAUUGCAAGGAGUGCGGCCGGAAGAUGCAUCAGAUUUGUGUUCUACACUAUGACAUCAUUUGGCCCGCGGGCUUUGUGUGUGACAACUGCUUGAAGAAAACUGGCAGAACCCGAAAAGAAAACAAGUUCAGUGCUAAGAGACUGCAGACCACAAGGUUGGGGAACCACUUGGAAGACCGAGUCAACAAGUUCUUGCGGCGACAGAAUCAUCCUGAGGCCGGGGAGGUCUUUGUCCGCGUGGUGGCCAGCUCAGACAAGACCGUGGAGGUCAAGCCCGGGAUGAAGUCACGGUUCGUGGAUUCUGGGGAGAUGUCGGAAUCGUUCCCGUACCGAACCAAAGCACUCUUCGCUUUUGAGGAAAUUGACGGGGUGGACGUGUGCUUCUUCGGGAUGCACGUGCAAGAGUACGGCUCGGACUGCCCGCCUCCCAACACCAGGCGCGUGUACAUCUCUUACCUGGACAGCAUCCACUUCUUCCGGCCCCGCUGCCUCCGCACAGCCGUGUACCACGAGAUCCUGAUCGGAUACUUAGAAUAUGUGAAGAAAUUGGGGUAUGUAACAGGACACAUCUGGGCCUGCCCCCCAAGUGAAGGGGAUGACUACAUCUUCCACUGCCACCCCCCUGACCAGAAAAUCCCAAAGCCCAAGCGCCUGCAGGAGUGGUACAAGAAGAUGCUGGACAAGGCGUUUGCAGAGCGGAUCAUCCACGACUACAAGGACAUUUUCAAACAAGCGACUGAGGACAGGCUCACGAGUGCCAAGGAGCUGCCGUAUUUCGAAGGCGACUUCUGGCCCAACGUGCUGGAGGAGAGCAUCAAGGAGCUGGAGCAGGAGGAGGAGGAGAGGAAGAAGGAAGAGAGCACGGCGGCCAGCGAGACCCCGGAGGGCAGCCAGGGCGACAGCAAGAACGCCAAGAAAAAGAACAACAAGAAAACCAACAAGAAUAAAAGCAGCAUCAGCCGAGCCAACAAGAAGAAGCCCAGCAUGCCCAACGUUUCCAACGACCUGUCCCAGAAGCUCUACGCCACCAUGGAGAAGCACAAAGAGGUCUUCUUUGUGAUCCACCUCCACGCUGGGCCGGUCAUCAACACGCUGCCCCCAAUCGUCGACCCCGACCCCCUGCUCAGCUGCGACCUCAUGGACGGGCGCGACGCCUUCCUCACACUGGCCAGAGACAAACACUGGGAGUUCUCCUCCCUGCGCCGGUCCAAGUGGUCCACCAUGUGCAUGCUGGUGGAGCUGCACACCCAGGGCCAGGACCGCUUCGUCUACACCUGCAACGAGUGCAAGCACCACGUGGAGACGCGCUGGCACUGCACCGUGUGCGAGGACUACGACCUUUGCAUCAACUGCUACAACACGAAGAGCCACACCCACAAGAUGGUGAAGUGGGGGCUGGGCCUGGACGACGAGGGCAGCAGCCAGGGCGAGCCGCAGUCCAAGAGCCCCCAGGAGUCCCGGCGCCUGAGCAUCCAGCGCUGCAUCCAAUCCCUGGUGCACGCCUGCCAGUGCCGCAACGCCAACUGUUCGCUGCCGUCCUGCCAGAAGAUGAAGCGGGUGGUGCAGCACACCAAGGGCUGCAAGCGCAAGACCAACGGCGGCUGCCCGGUCUGCAAGCAGCUCAUCGCCCUCUGCUGCUACCACGCCAAACACUGCCAAGAAAACAAAUGCCCCGUGCCCUUCUGCCUCAACAUCAAACACAAACUCCGCCAGCAGCAGAUCCAGCACCGCCUGCAGCAGGCCCAGCUUAUGCGCCGGCGGAUGGCCACCAUGAACACCCGCAACGUGCCUCAGCAGAGUCUGCCUUCCCCUACCUCAGCUCCGCCCGGAACCCCCACGCAGCAGCCCAGCACGCCCCAGACACCACAGCCCCCCACCCAGCCCCAGCCCUCGCCUGUGAGCAUGUCACCAGCCGGCUUCCCCAGCGUGGCCCGGACUCAGCCCCCCACCACGGUGUCAGCCGGGAAGCCCACCAGCCAGGUGCCGGCCCCGCCACCCCCCGCCCAGCCUCCACCCGCGGCCGUGGAGGCAGCCCGGCAGAUCGAGCGCGAGGCCCAGCAGCAGCAGCACCUGUACCGGGUGAACAUCAACAACGGCAUGCCCCCCGGGCGCACGGGCCUGGUGGCCUCGGUGAGCCAGAGCCCCGUGGGCCUGAAUGUGCCCCGGCCCAACCAGGUCAGCGGGCCGGUCAUGCCCAACCUGCCACCUGGGCAGUGGCAGCAGGCGCCCCUGCCCCAGCAGCCGCCCAUGCCAGGUCUGCCCAGGCCCGUCAUGGCCAUGCAGGCCCAGCCCGCCGUGACUGGGCCGCGCAUGCCCAGUGUGCAGCCACCCCGGAGCAUUUCUCCUGGCGCCCUGCAGGACCUGCUGCGGACCCUGAAGUCACCCAGCUCCCCGCAGCAGCAGCAGCAGGUGCUCAACAUCCUCAAGUCCAACCCCCAGCUGAUGGCCGCUUUCAUCAAGCAGCGCACAGCCAAGUACGUGGCCAGUCAGCCUGGCCUGCAGCCCCAGCCCGGCCUGCAGCCCCAGCCUAGCCUGCACCAGCAGCCCGGCCUCCAGAACCUGAAUGCCAUGCAAGCCAGCGGGCCUCGGCCUGGCGUGCCUCAGCAGCAGGCCAUGGGGGGCCUGAACCCCCAGGGCCAGGCCCUGAGCAUCAUGAACCCCGGGCACAACCCCAGCAUGGCGAGCAUGAACCCGCAGUACAGAGAGAUGCUGCGCAGGCAGCUGAUCCAGCAGCAGCAGCAGCAGCAGCAACAGCAGCAGCAGCAGCAGCAGCAGCAGCAGCAGCAGGGCAGCGCGGGCAUGGCUGGGGGCAUGGCGGGACACGGCCAGUUCCAGCAGCCUCAAGGACCCGGAGGCUACCCCCCUGCCAUGCCCCAGCAGCGGAUGCAGCAGCACCUCCCCCUUCAGGGCAGCUCCAUGGGCCAGAUGGCGGCUCAGAUGGGCCAGCUCGGCCAGAUGGGCCAGCCCGGGCUGGGCGCAGACAGCACCCCCAACAUCCAGCAGGCCCUGCAGCAGCGGAUUCUGCAGCAGCAGCAGAUGAAGCAGCAGAUCGGGUCGCCAGGCCAGCCGAACCCCAUGAGCCCCCAGCAGCACAUGCUCUCAGGACAGCCACAGGCCUCGCACCUUCCCGGCCAGCAGAUGGCCACGUCCCUUAGUAGCCAGGUGCGGUCUCCGGCCCCUGUGCAGUCUCCGCGGCCCCAGUCCCAGCCUCCACAUUCCAGCCCGUCGCCACGGAUACAGCCCCAGCCUUCUCCACACCAUGUCUCGCCCCAGACUGGCUCCCCCCACCCAGGACUCGCAGUCACCAUGGCCAGCUCCAUAGAUCAGGGACACUUGGGGAACCCCGAACAGAGUGCAAUGCUCCCACAGCUCAACCCCCCCAACAGGAGUGCGCUGUCCAGUGAGCUGUCCCUGGUCGGCGACACCACAGGAGACACCCUAGAAAAGUUUGUGGAGGGCUUGUAGCGGUGCGAGCGCGUCACUGUCCCUUUCAUGUUUUGGACUUUUUGUACUGAAAUCCAAGCAUCCGGGCUCUUUUAGUCCCGGGUGGACUGCUACUUCCAGGCAUGGAAGGGGUCGAUUGCUGUUUAAAGAAACAAUACAAAGAAUAUAUUUUUUUGUUAAAAACCA